CUGCUGAGAAGCAAUUGCCUCCUUCAACAUCUGUGACUAGAAAUUUUGAAGCAAUCAUCGAAUCUACGAUCAACAAGUGAAUCUCUCAGAUAAUAUCGAUUGAACUGUUAUAUCAAGCGUAUUUUGCUCCGACUGAACGCUGUGGUUAGCUGUCAUUAAUUGACCGGCUUUAAACAACUUGUUGAUUCGAGUAUUCAGGGUAUUUCUCUUGCCUAGCGAUCAUAGAAUUAUGGAAACGAAGAAAAGUACUAUACAGUCUAAUAGCAGCUUUGAUGCAAUGGCUAACGUUUAUCCGACUCGAAAACAGAGUCUUAUCGAAGACGCUCAUCGAGACUCGGUCGUCAGUAACGGCUCCGUCGAUCUCACUUCUUACCCUUCCUGCGAGAGUGAUGACGUAUUUCCAGAAGAAUAUGAGAGUGAAAAGGGUAUUGACGUUGAGAAAAAAAAGCAAUGUAUCACCUUCUCGGCCAAGGAUGACAUGGGCUUUGCAUCUCUCACGCAAGCACUGAAAAUAUUCGAGAAAUGUCAAAUGAAUGUUACACACGUGGAAUCUCGUAAAUGUCGGAAUGACAACAACAACGUAGAAUUUCUUGUGGAAUGCGAAACACGAAAUGGAUGGUAUAAAGUUCUUCCGAAGAAUCUAAAGAAAGUUGUAAAUAACGUCACUAUUCACAGGAAAGACACAUCGCAACGCCUCCCUUGGUUCCCGCGCAAAACCACUGACCUUGAUAAAUGUAAUCAUUUGAUGUCACAUUUUGAGCCAGAUUUAGACCAUGAUCAUCCGGGAUUUUCUGACAAAGCUUAUCGAGAACGACGAACAAAGAUAGCUGACAUUGCUUUCAAAUACAGACAUGGCCAACCAAUUCCUCGUGUUGAAUAUUCUGAAGAAGAGAGGAGUACUUGGAAACAUGUGUACACUACUUUGAGUGACCUUUUUCCGACGCAUGCGUGUAAAGAACACAUUCGUUAUUUCAAAAUGCUGGAAAAGGAGGGUGUAUAUAGCCCAGAUAGAAUCCCACAGUUAGAGGACGUGUCUAACUUUCUCAAAUCUCAAUCAGGAUUUCAACUUCGACCAGUGGCCGGUCUGCUCACCGCUCGAGACUUUCUGGCUAGCCUAGCAUUUCGUGUUUUUCAAUGCACUCAAUAUGUACGUCAUCAUACUUCACCAAUGCACACACCAGAACCAGACUGUUGCCACGAACUUCUAGGUCACGUGCCAAUGCUUGCCGACCCCGAAUUUGCCCAAUUUUCACAGGAGAUUGGCAUUGCUUCCCUUGGUGUGUCAGAUGAAGAUAUCACAAAAUUGGCCACGUUGUACUGGUUCACUGUAGAAUUUGGAUUGUGUAGACAGGACGGUCAGAUUAAGGCUUACGGCGCUGGCUUACUCUCAGCAUACGGAGAACUACAGUUCGCAUUGUCAGACCAGCCUGAACAACGACCUUUUGACCCAUCAAAGGUCUCUGUGCAAGAAUACCAAGAUCAGACAUAUCAACCUAUAUAUUACGUCACAGAAUCUUUCGAGAAAGCCAAAGCACAAAUGAGAAAAUACGUGAGCAAUAUUAACAAACCGUUGCAGCUACGUUACAAUCCGUUUACUCAGUCAAUUGAAGUUCUGGAAGAUAUUUCUACGAUACGCAAGAUUCUCGGAGACGUGAAGAACGAGCUAGAUACGCUGCUGACGGUCUAUGAGAGAUUAGUUUAACGAACCGUUUCGGAAAAAUUUGGAACAUUUCGUAAAAUAAACUUCAAGCUUAACAAUUUUAGGGUUAACUGCGCCUUUGAUCAUUGUGGAAUUGGCGAAUUAUCUAUAUUUUCUCUAUAAAUUAUUUUGAUUAUUAUUGUUAUAAUUAUUAAAGUUAAUAGGCCUUUCAUUGCUGUAUAUUAUGAGGUGUUGCCUGGUAAAGUAAUGUUUAUGUACGUGGUGUACCGCAAUCAUUUAUUAUAUAAUGUUUACGGUAUCCUGUUGUAAAUACUGCUGGCUUGAUGUCAAAGCGUCCAAAGUCCUGAAUCAUCAUCAUCAUUAUCAUCAUCAUCAUAUCAUCACCAUCAUCAUCAUCAUCAUCAUCAUUAUUAUUAUCAUAAUCAUUAUCAUCAUCGCCAUUAUUAUUAUUAUUAAUUAUUAUUGUUAUUAUUAUUAUUAUUUCCAUUAUUAUUAUUAUUAUUAUUUAUAAAUUCAACUAUUUCUACCAUAUUUUAGAUCAUAAUGUAGAAAUAAUAAUGUAUUUUUACAAUUUCAAUUGUGAAAGAAAAGAAAUGCUGUUAACAACCACAUGACCAAGGGAAAAAAAGCUGACAAACAAAAAAGCAAUAUCAACUUUUAAAAUAUAUAUUUAUUUGUAAAUAAAAUUCCCUGUUUUAUCUUCAGGCAAUGUUUUCGUGUUCAUGUAAGAGUUAGCUUCGAGUGAAGUAUUAGUAGGCCUGUCGUUAACAAAAUUAAUAUAGCAUUCGUGGUCACAUAUUAUAUACAACAUACUUUAUUAAAUAUUAUAUUUUUACAGAUUAACAAGUCUGUCAUUAAAAUAAGGAAACAUAGCAAAUGAAUGUUGAAGUUAUUAUAUACAAGUCUAUAAGUCGGACUGAAAAUAAUGUAUUUUAUUUUGUCAAAUAUAUUUAAAGUAAACAUACGUAGACCUAAGUAGAGCUAGUGAAUGUAAUAUAGCUCAUAAAGUAUAUACUAGGUAGGCCUAAAUAGUCAUAUAUUUAUAUGGUACAGCGUUGAACCUGAAGCAUUGAAGCAGCUCAGCGUCUCAAAACUGUCAAUGAUAAUUUAAUAUACUUAAUGAACUUUUAAAAAUGUUCAGCUCAGUGUUUGGAUAUUAACAUUAUAACAGAGGUUUAUCAUAGAUAUAAGUUUAUGUAGGCCUAUUUGAAAUAAAAACAUGGCGUAUACAAAUAUA